GGUCAAGGAAAUUUGUUGAUGAUAAAGAAAUAUACAGAAAUGUGACAUUGUAUAAACAAGCAAAAUUUAUUGACACAAAGACAAAUUCAUUUUGGCCAUUUUCCAUGACCUUCGACUUGUCAUCCUUAAUUUCAUCAUGACUCAACCAUUAACCUCGACUGACAACGCUUUUACCGUGUAAACGACGUCAAACUUAAGCUGUCAUGUGGAAAUACGUUUCAGCGAUAGUUUUAGCGAUGAUUCAUGAAGGUAUGUACCUUCCACUCCAUGUCUCUAAUGUCCUACUGGCUGUUUUAUUAAUGAAUUUGGAAUUCGCACGGCAAGAAGAAAAAUCUAAUGCAAUACGCAGCGUGAGUCCAUUAGGUAUUGUGUUUAUAUGACCUCUCAACAUUUUUAUUAGCUGUUUUAUCUAACAUGAUUUCAACCAAUAAAGAAACAGCGUUUACAUCCAAAACCAACAACAAAAUUAUUUCGAAGAAAGAAAAUUUGGGGACGAUCUAUCAUUGUGAGCGAUGGGAAUUGACUGCACGAAAGUGCCUGACGUCAUAAAUACACUCGAAGUCUCUCGUACUUGAAAAAAACAUUGAAAACAACGUCAUUGGAAAGAAUGCUUGCAAUGAAAUUGUUUGCCAAAUACCCAAAAUCCUGGGAAUGAAACGAUUGCGACAGGGGAAAAUCGAUGCGUUUUUAAAGAGAGCGCGUGCGGAUGAUGUAAUAACAAGAAGGAAUGAUUGCAACCAUUCCAGAGGCAAUACACAAUCAAUCACUUUUGAAGAAGAGCACUUCAUGGCUUCAGAAGAAAAUAUCAAAUGUAGUAAAUUUUCCCAGGACAUCAAGCUGCCUUUGGUAAAGGACAUAUCCUUUGAUGAGGAUAUCCAACCAAACCAAAAUCCAUCAGAUGUUUCAAUCACAGAUAUGAAGCUUCUAUGUGCGCAUCCUCCCAAGGAACCAAGCAUUAAAGAGAAAUGUACAGAUAGUGAGGAUGCAGUUAAUCGCGAUAAAGAGACAAUGAUGGAAGUUGAUACUUCAUCCGAAGUAAACAACGAAUCUAUUGUUGCCUAUGACUCAUGUAAGCAAGGUAACACAAGGCAGAUGACAAGCACUGAAGAAAUCAAUGAGUCCAUUGUUGGCAUUGUUGCUUGUAAAAAGGAUAACAUGGAACUGAUGACAAGUACAGAAGUCAUCAAAGAAUCUACUGCUGGUAAUGUUGUAUGUAAAAAAGAUGACAUGGGGCAAAUGACAAACACUGAAGUAAUCAAUGAAUCCAUUGUUGGCAAUGUCUCAUGUGAACAACAUAACAUGGGUCAGAUGGCAAACACUGAAGAAGGCUCCAAAUCUUGUGAUGCUUAUUAUGAACAUAUACCUGAUGAAGACAAUCUUGUUAAACCACUUGUUGAAAGUAAUGCAAAGAAUGAGUCAAACGAAGGCAUUACAAUUACCGAUGACAUUGAUGAGCAACCAACAGAAUAUGGUAUUGAUUAUGAAACAUUGUUGAAGUAUCCGAAUUGUCUUCAUACGGACGACCCGCUAAUCCCGAGUAAGAAUCAUAUAAUCUUGUUUGAGCCGUACAAUCCAAGUCGUCCUUAUCCCAAGGAGUUCAGAGAUUAUUGUGCGAAAGGCAACCAAGUAUUGUUGCCUUGCUGUAAACCCAAAUCAAAGAAAGAUGGAGAUGGGGACUCGAAAGAUCGUUGGAACCUCGUGGUUAGAUCUUUCUCAGCGAAAUCGAUAUACAGCGUCGAGGAUUUAAAGGACAUUAUAUUGAAGUACAAUUCCAAGCCAUCAAAUUUCAGGGUAUUGGAUGAUUUUGUAAAUAGCGCAGCUUGUGACUAUCGGGAGCGUUUCUUUGAAAUCGUACUUCCUGGUAUCGUUGAAUUGGUGUUAAAUAUGAAGGAGAUCGUCACUCAGCCUCCUCCUAUUCUUAAACAACACGUUGAGAAGAUGUUGACAUUGUCCCAACGUCAAGCGGCCUGUCUUCUAGCUUCGGCGUUUCUUUGUCUAUUCCCUCGCAGAAAUCACGGCAGUCGUGAAUUUUCGCGCAGCUUACCAUCGGUAAAUUUCAAUAGACUCUUUGAAAGAUUUGACGAAGACAACGAAACAAACCUCCAUAAACUGGCAGCUUUCAUUUCGUACUUUAAUUCAGUGAUUGAAGAUAUGCCUGAAGGAACAUUGUCCUUUCAAAGGCAAGUUUUACAUCAAGAUGAAAUUCCUAACUGGGGCAGGCGUAAGACAACGUUGACUAAUUUGCGUGCUGUUAGUGAAGGUACAAUCGAAGAUAAUGCUCCAGGGAUGUUACAGGUGGACUUUGCAAAUUGCUUGGUUGGAGGUGGUGUAUUAUCUCGAGGCUGUGUUCAAGAGGAGAUUCGCUUUCUCAUGUAUCCGGAAAUGAUCGUAUCGCGAUUGAUCACGGAGAAACUCGAAGAUAACGAAUGUCUAAUAAUAACUGGAGCUCAACGUUUCGGAAAAUAUACUGGCUAUGCAAAGACUUUCAGAUUUAUGGGACCAGUUAAGGAUGACACACUAAGAGAUAGCUGGGGGCGAAGAUUAACGAGUGUAGUCGCCAUCGAUGCCCGACCAUUUGUCAAUUAUACUGAGCAAUUUACUCCCUAUAAUAUAACACGUGAACUAAACAAGGCAUACGUAGGUUUUCUCUCGCGAAACAUUGAAGAUCGAAAUCAUUUGCCAGCUGUUGCAACGGGAAAUUGGGGCUGUGGUGCUUUUAAUGGCGAUAAACAGCUGAAAAGUUUAUUACAAAUUAUGGCCGCAAGUGAAGCAAAACGGGACGUCUUGUUUUUCACGUUUGGCGAUAAGGAGCAAGCUAGAGAGCUCGCAAAUAUUCAUCGAAAACUUAAAGAAAAUAACAUCACGAUUGGUUGGCUAUGGGAGCAUUUAUUCAAGUAUCGUAAAGAGGCGUUACUGAGUCGUAACUUAUUCAAAUAUCUCGAGGAAUCAUUGGAAAGGAAGGAAUAGUGUAAACACAACAGCAUAUUUUAGUUGAAUUUUUAACUGAAAAUAUUUUGAUUUUGUAAAAAUCAUCUUGUACAUACUUAAAUUAUGGAUUGCUAUUGCUUAAUUUGAAGGUGUUCGUACGUGACUAGGAUCGACGUUAGAAAGUUA